CAACUAAAGUUUCAAUUUUCAAAAAAUAUGUAUGCACAGCACUUUUCAUUAGAACAGCACAAACAAAUCAAUGAAGAGACCAACACUCAAUGAUCAAUCUCAACUAACAGCCCUUAUCACUCUUGGGUUACCUCGAAAGGCUGCUUUUCCUAAACUUUCAAGUUUCGGCAUUCUCGGAAGCUUCCAUGGCAAUUCUUCCCGAACUCUAGCAUCUACAUGUAAAUCUUCGUCCCGAUGUCAGGUACUUUUACGGUACGUGUAGACAGCUCUCCUAGCUUGAUUUGAAACCGCGAAUCAAAAUCAAUCGUGCUGAGUAAUUGUGAGAAUUCGAGGCAUCGAAGGUGUCAACGUGUGUGUCAACGGCAUUGUCCUUGCAUUGAUAGGUCAAUGCUUCGUUUGCAAUCAACCAAAUCCGUCAUCUUGAUUGUUGCUUUCUCAUUGCGGCUUUCCCUUUCCCACCACACAGUUUCCCAUUACUUGGGGUUGCUGGUUGCUUGCUUGGAUUAUUGCUGCUGCUACACACUGAAGUUCUGUGAGAGAUACACAAGUACCAGAAGAAAAAAGGACAAGAGCACUCAAUUGUCUGACACCUUCGGCGAGCAUUGGUUCUCCUAAUCUGUGAGGUUUUCUGCCAUGGUAUCCGUUCCUUCUAUGAGGUCAUUGCUGCAUGCGUUGACCGUGUCAUGGUGCUUUUUGGUGAUAUUGCCGGAGGUAGCCAAUGCCUUUCCGAGCUCCAAGUUCCCACGAAGUAGCAGGGCCACCUUGGCAUCAACCAAGACGUCCACCAGUCUUUCCAUGAGCUUUUCGUAUCAAAGUUUCUUUCAGCGAACACCCCCCAGGAAGACCUCAAAAACAGCAACUGCCAAGCAACCCAAGAUGCUAUGGUAUCGAGAUCGAGACUCUACGGAAGAACAAAUGACUUUGACACACAAGGCCCCAGCCCUGGCACACGUGCGACCACGACAGGAGCAGUCUCUCCCAGCAGCACGUCAAGACUUUGCGCAUGAUGCAUUCAUGAGAAAUAAUCCCACCGAAGAAAACCCUGCAAGCACCCUCCUAAAGAACCUGGUUGGAGGCAUUGAUCUUUCAUUGUUGGAAAAAACUUGUCUCAGCCAUGCAUCGUCUCUGGCGGUAUUGUGGACAUUGACCUCCAUGGCCCUCAUCUGGGGAUCUGGGAGCAUGACAGCUGCCAUGGCAGACCCUCUGGACUUUUGGGGGUCCCUGCAUUGGAACUCCAACAGUGCUGGCAUUGGUUUGGGUUCAGGGAUUGACAUGCUGGGCGGCAGAACUUUUAGUUCCAUACUUGACUGGACCAUCACCCCAGCAAGGAUACUGGAAGGUAUCAUUGCCACUGUACCUUUGGUGGGAAUGGGUACUUAUUUGGUGGAGAGAUCAGAACAUUCCCCAGCCUAUCACAUCCAGUUCUCCAUCAGUGAGACCGUCAUGGAACUAUUUGGACGUCGAAAACGUGACGCAAUCGUCACCAGCGAUGCCAGUCAAUCUGCUUCCACUACAACCCUGCAAGUGCUGUUCUUUAGCCUGAUCAUUGCGGCUGUGUCGGCAAUAUCAGAAGAGCUCAUAUUCCGGGGUCUCAUACCGGCUCUGUUGGUCUCGUACACUCAUUCUGUUGGAUGGGCUUUGCUCGGACAGGCCAUCUUGUUUGGUUUCGGACAAAUCCAGAACCGGUCAUCCUUUGCUGAGAAUGGAGUAUUUACCAUGAUGCAGUGUCUGAAUGGAGUAUGGUAUGGAGCCAUCUACCUGGCUGGUGGUGGUGAUAUCGUCCCUGUCAUGAUUUCCCAUAUCCUGUAUGAAAUGCACAUCUUUGUGGGGACAUGGAAGGCAAUGAAUGACCAAAUGGACUACAAGGAAGAUUCAUGUCGUCAUCAUACAUCUGAAAAGAAGAUCGAUUCUCUGCUUGCUAGCAGUCAAAGCAGAAGCCGUGCUUCGAAGAGAGCACAGAGACCAAAGGAUCUUGUCGGACAAAGAUUGAUGGCACCAGAAACUCUAGAGCUGGGUCAAGCAUUCUUUUAUGCCUUUGAUCAUGAGCAUCGAGGAACGCUGUCAUUGGUUGAUGUCAAAAGGGCGGUGAGCUAUGCUUUUCUUCAGGAUGAUGAUCCAACCAUGACUGCCUCCGAGCCGCCCAGUGAUGUUCAAACAACUGCUGUCUUUUACAAGAUACUUCAGCAGCGGUCAGCGCUAUCAGGAAGCGGAUCGGAAGAACGCCUGUAUCUGCCCGAGUUUCUUCGACUUUUGUUCACUCUCAAGUCCAAGUCCUGGCACUCGGGGCGGGAAUAGUGCCUUCGCUGCUAGCUAGCUAGACUUGCAUGUUCCUUGCCUGUCCUUGGCCGUGCUGGGGGCUCCAAUUUUGCCCAUACGGAGUCAGCACAACAUACACCCUUGCCAAAAUGCAUGUAUACUACGCUACGACAACAAGCAAAAGAAACAUUGCUAAAAGAAAUAAUCAGUAAACACAAUUCAUUGCAUUGCAAACCGAUUCAAUCAAGCUAUUGUCUGCUUAGUUCCGGUGCUAUUGUGGACACAAAAGAGAGAAAGGUCUAAAGCUAGUAGUGACACUUUUUACAAGAACAAC